AUGGAUGGAAAUUGUACCUUAUUGUUAAACAACCCUUAUCGAGAUUUUCGGGUUGAGGAUGUUAGUAAAUCACUUUCACAACCAGAUGCUAAAUCAAAAAUUACAGCACUAACAAAAAUUAUUACAGCUGAAUUAAAUGGGGAUCAUCAUCCAGAAUUACUAAUGGAGGUAAUUCGAAAUGCAAUGCCAUGUACUGAACAUCAAAUUAAACGAUUGGUAUUAAUUUAUUUAGAAUCUAUUGAUAAAAUGGAUAAAGGAGAAUUAAGACCAGAACUUAUUUUAGCUAUUAAUGGUUUAUUACAAGAUUUAAAUCAUCCAAAUGAAUAUAUUCGAGGAAUUACUUUAAAAUUCCUUUGUCAUGUAUCAGAAAGAGAAAUUAUUCAGCCACUUGUUAAUGCUAUUUUAGAAAAUAUGACACAUAAACAUAUUUAUGUAAGAAAAGCUACUGCUAAUACUAUUGGUCAUAUUUAUCAAAUUGAUCCUUCAUUAGUUGAACACGCAGGGGAUAUUUUGAGAAAAGCAUUAAAAGAAGAAAAAGAUUCAAUGACUCGUGUUGUUAUAUUUUCAGUUAUUACACGUUAUUUACCAGAACAUGCUAUUAAAUUUUUAAUUUCUAUUUCACAACAAAUUACUACAUUUUCUGAACCAUUUAUAAUGGUUGUUCUUAAAUUUAUUCGUUUAAUUUAUAAAUCAACACCUCAAUUUAAAAGUAAAUAUAUUGAGAUUUUAGGAUGUCUUAUUUCAUCAAAUUCAUUAAUGGUUAAAUUAGAAGUUGCAUCAAUAUUUCCUUUGAUUACAGGUAAUGCUCAUGUUGUUACUCAAAGUAUACAAACACUAGUUGAUGUUGUUUGUUCUUCAUCUGAUGUUAAUGUAAAAAUAACAAGUAUUCAAAGAAUUAAAAUGAUUUGUUCAAGAUAUCCAAAAGUUAUCAAAGGAAGUUGUAUUUCAUCAUUAUUAAGAAUGCUUUCAAUUCCUUCUAUAAGAAAAGAUGUUCUUCAACUUGUAAUGUCAUCACUAGCACCACGAAAUGCUGGUGAAAUAGUCACCGCUCUUAGAAAAGAAAUAGGAAAAGAUGAUAAUGAAUUUGUUGUUGAAGUAUUAAUUGCACUUCGUAAAUGUAAGGAAAUUAAUGAAGGAGUUGAAAUUGAUGAUGUUAUGUUUGAAGCAUUAACUACACCAGAAUUAGCUAAAGAAGCUAUUGAAUAUAUUGAAUAUCGUCUUCAAGGAGAACAAAGAGAAAAUACAGUUGAAAGACUUAUCGAUUUCAUUGAAGAGGUUAGUGAUAAUAAAACAUUAAGAAAUGUUAUUUGGAUGAUAUGUGAGUAUUGUAAUCAUUAUGAUGAAGUUAUCAAUAUGUUCAAGAGAUUGAUUGUUGAAUUACCAAACAAAGAAGAAACAUUUAUAGAAAAAGACAUUGAAGAGAAAGAAAUAGAAGAAGAAAAGAAAGAUAAUGGAAUUAUUGAAAGUAAGACUGUUGUAUUACCUGAUGGUACAUAUGGAAGUGUUAUAGAAACAUAUGACAAACAAACUGAAAAGAAUAAAUUCUUCCAAAAAGUUGGAUUAAGAACAAUGAUUGAACAAAUGGAUUCAUUAGUUAUUUCCAGUUUGGCUAUUGGUAUUGCUAAGAUUUGUAGUAAAGUUAUAGGCAAAGAGGGAAAUUGUAUUAGAGCAAAAGGAAUUCAAAUAUUACUUGAGAUCAUUAAAAUAGAAAAAAAGAAUGAAAGUCACAAUAAAAUGAAUCAAGAUUGUAAAGAAAUUAUUCAAAAUGUUAUUUUCAUUAUUAGUGGAAAGAAAACAGAAUAUGACGAACAAAUGAAACAAAUCGAAGAAAUGGAAAAAGGUAUUCGAAAAGAAAUUGAAGAAGGAGCUAAAAGAAAAGAACAUAAAGACAUUCAUCAAUUUGAUGAAAAAAUUCAUUAUGAAAUUUUCAAUACUACUGAUGAAGAAGAAAAUGAAGAAAAAGAAAGUAGAAUUGAACAAAUUAAAGGAGAAAGAAAAUUAGAGCGUUUAAAUAAUAUUGUUCAAUUAACAGGAUAUUCUGAUCCAUUUUAUAUUGAGGCUAUUGUUACUGUUACUCAUUUUGAUAUUACAUUAGAUUGUCUUAUUAUGAAUCAAACACCAAGUACAUUACAAAAUAUUACUAUUGAACUCAUUCCACAUGGAGGAAUGACUGUAAAAACUAAACCAUCACCAGUCACUCUUGGUCCUGGUGAUUUUGUCCGUGUUAGUUUAGGAGUUAAAGUUGAUGCUACUACUGUUGGAGUGAUUAGUGGUUAUGUUAAUUAUGAUAUUGCUGAUAAGGGUGUUACAUAUAAUGCAUUGGAUGCUAAUUUAAUAUUAAAUGAAUUAAGAAUUGAAUACUUGGAUCAAAUGAGACCAUGUGAUGUAGAUAUUGAGGUAUAUCAAAAGAAAUGGAUGGAAUAUGAAUGGGAAAAUAAAAUUCCUGUUGAUACUGAAUGUACUGAUUUAAAAGAAUAUGCAGAUUUAUUAUGUUCUAUUGCCAAAUUACAAUGCAUCACACCAGCAGUAAUGUUUUGUGAUAGUAUUGGAUUUUUAUCUGCCAACUUCUACUCUAAGAACUUGUUUGAUGAAGAUGCAUUAAUAAACUUAUCUGCAGAAAAAAUAGGAAAUAAAAUCAGUGGAUGGGUUAGAAUCAGAAGUAAAACCCAGUCAUUAGCAAUCAAUUUAGGAGAUCGUAUUGUUGCUAACCAAAAAAGAGUAAAUCCAAAAUAA